ACAGGGAUCGAGUUGAUCGCUGCGUUCUAUGGGUGUCUGUAUGCCGGCUGUGUCCCUGUGACCGUCAGACCCCCCCACCCCCAGAGCCUGUCUGCCACCCUCCCCACUGUCAAGAUGAUCGUUGAUGUCAGCAAAGCGGUCUGCAUCCUGACCACCCAGGCCUAUUCAAGACUGAUCAAGUCAAAGGACGCUGGGAGCACCGUGGAACUGAAGAGCUGGCCCACGAUCGUAGACACCGAUGACCUACCGCGCAGGAAGCUGUCCAGCAUCUAUAAGCCACCCACACCCGAGAUGUUGGCGUACCUGGACUUCAGUAUCUCCACCACAGGCAUGCUGACAGGGGUGAAGGUCUCUCACGCUGCGGUCGGAGCCGUGUGUCGCUCGGUGAAGCUACAGUGUGAGCUCUACUCCAGCCGACAGAUCACCGUCUGCCUGGACCCCUACUGCGGGCUCGGGUUUGCUGUCUGGUGUCUGUGUGGGGUGUACAGCGGCCACCAGAGCCUCCUGGUCCCCCCUGCGGAGCUGGAGGGGAAUGCCUCCUUGUGGCUCUGGGCGGUGAGUCAGUACAAGGUGCGGGACACCUUCUGUUCCUACUCGGUGAUGGAGCUGUGUACAAAGAGGUUCGCCUCAGACACAGAGACCCUCAAGUCCCGGAGCGUGAAUCUGUCGUGCGUUCGGACCUGCGUGGUGGUGGCUGAAGAGCGGCCGCGCGUCACCCUGACUCAGUCAUUCUGCAAACUCUUCAAGGACCUGGGCCUGUCCCCCAGAGCGGUCAGCACCUCCUUCGGCUGUAGGGUCAACAUCAGUAUCUGCCUGCAGGGAACGUCCGGACCAGAACCGACCACCGUCUACGUGGACCUGAAGGCACUGAGGCAUGACAGGGUGAGGCUGGUGGAGAGGGGAGCACCCCACAGUCUCCCUCUGAUCGAGUCAGGAAAGAUGCUCCCGGGAGUGCGGGUGAUUAUUGUGAAUCCUGAGACCAGGGGUCCCCUGGGAGACUCUCAUCUUGGUGAGAUCUGGGUGAGCAGCGCCCACAAUUCCAGUGGCUAUUACGCCAUCGAUGGGGACGAGUCCCUUCAGGCUGACCACUUCAACACCAGGCUGAGUUUUGGCGACGUCCACACGCUGUGGGCCAGGACGGGCUACCUGGGAUUCGUUCGCAGGACGGAACUCACUGAGGCCAGCGGGGAUCGACACGAUGCACUUUACGUAGUUGGAGCUCUUGACGAGACCCUGGAGUUACGAGGCCUUCGGUACCACCCAAUCGACAUUGAAACCUCUGUGUCCCGGUCUCACAGGGGCAUCGGGGAAUGCGCCGUGUUCAGUUGGACCAAUCUGCUGGUGGUGGUGGUUGAGUUGGACAGUUCGGAACAGGAGGCCCUGGACCUGGUGCCGGUGGUGACCGGGGCGGUGCUGGAGGAACACCAGCUCAUCGUUGGCGUGGUGGUGGUGGUGGAUCCUGGGGUGGUGCCUGUGAACUCGCGGGGGGAGAAACAGCGGAUGCACCUCCGGGACAGCUUUCUGGCCGAUCAGCUCGAUCCCAUCUACGUGGCCUACAACAUGUGAUUGGCACAGGGAGCAGGGGAGGGGGGCUUGUACAGUAUCCUGGUGGUCCUGCGGGGA